GACCCGACCCAAUAGAGGAACACCAAUACAUUCUGCCUCUAUAUAAACAUGAGUGUUCCCACAGCAGGUGAAAGAAAACAGAAAGACAGAAGAUAGUAUCUUAACGCUUCAUUCAUUUUGUAAAAGAUCUCAUGUGACUGCAUUAUUGUCUGUGAUGAGAACAGUGGAAAUACCAGAGAUGGCCAAAUAUUUGUCCUUUCUUUUACUGUUUACUUGUGCGUCCGUCGGUUGUUCAAAUCCGAGAAGCUGUCAGGGACGUUGUGGACACGGCUACUAUAAAGGAAGUUUAUGCCAAUGUGAUAAUGAGUGUCUGGGACUUAAUGAAUGCUGUCCAGACUUUGAAGACCUCUGUACCACAAGGAAUUCAUGCAAUGGACGCUGUGGGGAGCCUUUUAACAGAGGCAAUGCAUGUCACUGUGAUAUUGAGUGUACCACAUUUAAUCAAUGCUGUUCUGAUUAUGAGAGACAGUGUUUGGUAGAAGAAUCAUCCAAUGAAGAUAUGUCCGACGAUGAAGAACAAAUUGCCCCUAUUGAGACAAGUCCAUCUGAAGUAGAGGAUACAACAAGCACAGUAUCAUCAGAGCGUCCAACAACCAUAUUUAAAUCACAGGGUACAACAACAAUCAUUUCAACAGUGAGUUCAACUAGCACAGUACCCACAGAGGAACCUACAACCACCAUAACAGACAGUCCUACAAGUACUGUACCCACAGAGAUGCCUACAAGUAUUGUAUCUACAGAGGAUCCUACAAGCACUAUAACAACAGAGAGUCCUAUAAGUACUGUACCUACAGAGGAACCUACAAGCACCGUAACAACAGAGAAUCCUUUGAGUACUGUACCUACAGAGGAACCUACAAGCACCGUAACAACAGAGAAUCCUUUGAGUACUGUACCUACAGAGGAACUUAAAAGCACCGUAACAACAGAAAAUCCUUUGAGUACUGUACCUACAGAGAAACCUACAAGCACCGUAACAACAGAGAAUCCUUUGAGUACUGUACCUACAGAGGAACCUACAAGCACCGUGACAACAGAGAAUCCUUUGAGUACUGUACCUACAGAGGAACCUACAAGCACCGUGACAACAGAGAAUCCUUUGAGUACAGUACCUACAGAGGAACCUACAAGCACCGUAACAACAGAAAAUCCUUUGAGUACUGUACCUACAGAGGAACCUACAAGCACCGUGACAACAGAGAAUCCUUUGAGUACAGCACCUACAGAGGAACCCACAAGCACCGUGACAACAGAGUUGCCUAAAAGAAUCGUAUCUACAGAGGAUCCUACAAGCACUGUAACAUCAAAAAGUCCUACAAGCACCAUACCAACAGAAAGCACUACAAGUACUGCACCCAGUGUAGGUUCAGCAAGUACAAUAUUGACUCCUGGUACAGCCCUUCAAAUCAAUCCCACAAAAGACAGUUUGUACCCACAGGAUCUUAGUUUGACUGGCUCAAUUAAACCAACACAGAAACCAACUAAACCAAGUUCAGUCAAUGAAAAAAUAAAUAACGAUUUCCAAUCUGACGACUAUGACACUGAUCUCUGCAGUGGGCGUCCCAUCAGUGGUCUGACUACACUCAAAAACGGCACCAUGGUUGCAUUCAGAGGUCAUUAUUUUUGGACACUGGACAAAGAAAGAAAUCCUGAUCCUCCUCGGUUGAUCAAAAGCGUGUGGGGAAUCCCAUCUCCCAUUGAUACUGUUUUCACACGUUGCAACUGCCAGGGGAAUACCUAUUUCUUCAAGGGAAAUAGGUACUGGAGGUUUGAGGAUGGCACAAUGAAUCAUGGCUACCCUAAACCCAUCACAAAGGGCUUUGGGCAGCUCAAUCACAUCACAGCUGCUUUAUCCAUACCUCAGUACAGAAGCCGAAGAGAGGUUGUAAUCUUCUUCAAAAGAGGGGGUCGGGCUCAAAAGUACACCUACCAAGUUACUCCAAGUUGUGGGUCAAAGCCAACAAUUCCUAGAUUUACAAUAAGGAAUAGAUUCAGAAGAGAUUUAGACUCUCUGGGGAGAGAGAUCACUAUCUCUCAAACCUGGAGAGGAUUUCCAUCUGUAGUGACCUCAGCCAUUUCUGUGCCAUCGAGGGUUAGAGAGGGAUACAAAUAUUACGUGUUCUCUCAAGAAAAACACUACAGCAUGAAAAUGGAAAGGGAAAAACCAGUGAUCCUAAAAUCUGCUAACGGCCAAAGGGAAAAAACAGCAAACAGCUUCUUCAAAUGUCCACAGUCCAACAAAGUUUGACCUCAUGAAAUGAAUGUAAACAUUUGAUUUCUAAUGAUGCACUUUUUGCUGUGUUCUUUGCAGAAGUUCUUUUUGUUAUAAAUGCUAAAGAGACAUCAAGGAAUGACAGAAGUUAUUCCAAAGCAAAAUAUUUUAUUGUACGGAUGUAAAAUUCUUAAAAUAAAAGGGUUGGUCACAACCGACAAAAAGAGAA